AUGGAAUUAAGAGAACAAUAAUUUUUAAAAAAUUCCUAAAGAAUAACAAUAUCAAUAAAUCAAAAAUCAUAAUAUAAUUUGGAAAACUAAAAUUUCUGGGUCUUUAAACAAUAUAUAAAAUUGUAAAGAAUAUCAAUUACUAAAAAAUUAUCUAUAAUAGGAUCAAGUAAAAAAGGAGGAAGCUUAAAUAAAAUUAAUACAAAUUCUUUAUUUUCUGGAUCUGGAGAAGGUAGAAUUAAUUUUUGGUAAUAUAAUAAUAAAGAAGAUUUUAUAUCAAAGUCUUAAUAAUUUCAUACUGGAGAGAUAAAUUGUAUGAUAUUAAAUAAAGAAGAGAAUUUACUUGUUAGUGGAAAUUCAGAAUAAUUAAUAAUUAUAUGGAAAGUUAAUUGUUAAUCUUAUGAGUUUGAAAAGAUUAAAACAAUUCAAGCUGACACUUAAGUUGAAGGUUUAGCUUUAAGUCCAUCUGAAACAAUUUUAGCAUAUACUGGUAAGAAUAAAUAAAUAAUAAAUGGUCUAUCAAAACAUAAGCUAUUAAAAUAACUAAUGAAUUAGGAUCAAGAAUUAGUUUUUUAAAUGAUACUUGUUUCAUAUGGGUUACUGGAGAAAAACUAGGUUUAGAUUCUAUAUGUAUAUUUGAAUAAUAAAAUCAUUAAUUUUUGGAGCAAGAAACAAAGAUAAAAUUAAAUGAAAAUAAAUAACAAUCGGAUUUUCAUUUAUUUGAUAUAAUAUAAAAUAGAGAAAAAAAUAUCCUAAUCAUCAAAUAGAAAUAAAAAAUAUUGAUUAUGAAAUAGAAUUACCAAGGAUAGCUUGAAAAAAUUGAAGGAAUUGAUUGUAAAACAGUAAAUACUUGUGGAACUUUAGCUCUUGAUGGCAGUUUAUUUAUAUAUUUUGAUGGAGGGAAAUUUUUUAUUUAUAAACUUUAGCUAAAAUGA